AUGGACACCCAACUGGGAGCACUUCUCUCUUACGUUCGCGUCGUACCCCUAGUGGGAGGACUAUGCCUCCUCAUUCCAAUUUGCUUUCGCAUCUCGGCCUGGUACCGACUGAGACACGUCGACGGACCAUGGCUCGCCUCUUUCUCGUACUUAUGGAUGCUCGCAGUGUCGAUAGGCGCGCGCCAGGCAGCUAGCUACCGGAAGCUCAACCAGAAAUAUGGCUCCCUUGUACGGAUAGGCCCUUACGAUCUGCUCACUGACGACCCCGAGGUUAUCAAGAGGAUGAACGGGGCCCGGUCCAAGUACCGCCGCUCGUCGUGGUAUUUCGCCAGCCGCGUCAACGCGGACAAGGAGUCGGUCUUCAACCUCCUCGACACGGCCGAACACGACAAGCUCAAGGCGCAGCUGUCGUUCGGGUACGGUGGCAAAGAGAACCCGACGAUCGAGGACGACAUCGACGGCCAGCUGGGUGAGUUGGUGGGCCUGAUCCGCCGGAAAUACGUGGCCACCACCGUCCGGAACGCCGACGGUAGCACCACCGAGCUGGCGCGCCCUAUGGACCUCGCGACGCGCAUCCAAUUCUUCACGCUCGACGCCAUCACCAAGGUCGCGUACGGGAAGUCCUUCGGCUUCCUGGCCUCGGAUGGGGACGUCCACGGUUACAUCGCCGCUGUCGAGACUAUCGCUGCCGUCAUCGCCCCCCUCGGCGACCUGCCGUGGUUGUCUCCGAUCGUUUUCAGCAAGACCGUGCUUCGCCUCGUCGGACCAAAGACAACAGCUAAGAAGGGCGUGGGGAAGCUGAUGGGGAUCGCCCGAGACAUCGCCGAAGAACGCUUCCGUCCCGGUGCCAAGGACCGGCUAGACAUGCUGGGUUCGUUUAUUCGGCACGGCAUCACCCGUGAGCAGUGCGAAUCCGAGAUCGUUACCCAGAUCAUCGCCGGCAGCGACACGACUGCCACCUCCAUCCGUGGCACCAUGUUGUGCCUGAUAACGUCGCCGCUCGCGUAUAUGAGGCUGCGCGAGGAGAUCGACCAAGCUAUAGCAGAGGGUCGGAUAUCGUCGCCUAUUAAGGUGAGCGAGGCGAAGGGGCUGGAGUACUUGCAGGCUGUAAUCUACGAGGGUCUUCGAAUCAACAUCCCCUUUUCCGGUCUUACGAUGAAGGAAGUUCCUCCAGAAGGAGACACAAUCGACGGGAAGUUCAUUCCUGGGGGGACCCGCGUGGCCCAUAGCUUCUUGUCCCUGCAGCGCUCGACUGCCAUCUACGGUCCCGACUCGGACGUGUUCCGGCCGGAGCGUUGGCUCGGCCUCAGCCCCGAGGCGCACCGCAAGAUGACGCAGACGACGGAGCUGGUGUUCGGCUACGGCCGCUGGAGCUGCAGCGGCAAGCACGUCGCGUUCCUGGAGCUGAACAAAGCCUACGUUGAGCUGCUGCGAUACUUCGAUUUCCAGCUCGUCAACCCGAGGAACCCGGUGCACACGGAGAACCGGAACAUGUUUUUCGAGAAGGAUAUGUGGGUGAAGAUCACGGACAGAGCCCUGCCCAACCCAGCGUAG